AUGAUAUCUGUGUUGAUUCAACUUCCUAAUAAAAUAUCCUCAGAGCAGGAAUCUUUGUUGGUUAUUAAGAGACUAUUAGCCAUUUCUGUAUCAUCUAUAACAUACUUAAGAGGGCUGUUCCCAGAAAGCUCAUAUGGCACUCGUUAUCUUGAGGAACUUUGUUUAAAAAUUCUUCGAGAAGAUAAAAGCUGUCCAGGAUCCCUACAAAUUGUUAAGUGGAUUCAAGGAUCUUUUGAUGCAUUGGAGAAAAAAUAUCUACGAAUGGCAGUCCUAAUGUUUUACACUGAACCCUGUGAUCCUGAGAGUGUGACUGAACUUUAUCAAUUCAAAUUCAAAUACACAAAAGAAGGGCCGAAAAUGAAUUUCAUCAGCAAUAGAACUAGUGUUGAAGGUAUAUUGAAGAAUGAAGACUUAAAAGUGGCUGGCACAUUACUACUCCGCAAACUUUAUAUCCUGAUGCAGAAUCUGGGACCUCUUCCUAAUGAUGUCACAUUGACCAUGAAACUCUAUUAUUACUCUGAUGUAACCCCUGCGAGUUACCAGCCCCCAGGUUUUAAAGAAGCACAGUCUCUCAAUAGCCUAAUAUUUCAGGGGGACCCUGUAAAUUUGAAAGUUGGGUCUAUCGCCACAGAUUUUCACAGCAUGAAGAUUAAAGUUACCACUGACACUGAGAGAACGACAACUAUGGGUGAGAAACUAAUGGAAAAAAAUAGUACGGCGAUAUCUCAUCAGGGGCUGGAUUGUGAUGAAGAUAAUGAGGAAGGGAGUUGCAGCUUAAAUACACCAGAAAUAUUAUUAAAUGAUUACGUCAGCUGGCUAUCUUCGAGACUGUGA